AUGGGUGUCAUGCACGAUUUGGACACCUCCCAUGAUGACCACAAGGAGGGAACCGCCUUCGAGAUGGACGAUGUCCUGAAGGACCCCAAGGCCGUGGAGGAAUUCAACGAAGCCGCCAUGGAUGCGGAGCUUUUGCAGCUGGAGGGCCAGUACCGGGAGCUGAAGCCCUCUCGGUUCGGGGGCUUUUCCAACCCUUCCCUGUAUACUUAUGUCCUGGUGGCCUUUGCCUCCAUGGGUGGUCUCCUCUCCGGUCUGGACCAGUCCUUGAUCAGUGGAGCCAAUAUCUACAUGCCCGUUGAUCUGAAGCUAUCCGAUAACCAAAGUAGUCUGGUGGAUGCGGGUAUGCCCCUGGGUGCCGUGGCCGGUGCCUUGCUCCUCUCCCCCGCCAACGAGUACCUGGGUCGUCGUAUGGCCAUCAUCGUCUCCUGCAUUCUCUACACCAUCGGUGCGGCUUUGGAGGCCGGUGCUAUCAGCUUUGGCAUGAUCUUCGCCGGUCGUUUCAUCCUCGGUACGGGUGUCGGUCUGGAGGGAGGUACCGUCCCUGUCUAUGUCGCCGAGUCUGUCCCUAGUAAGAUCCGUGGUAACCUUGUCUCCUUGUACCAGUUGAACAUUGCGCUGGGUGAAGUCCUGGGCUAUGCUGUUGCUGCGAUCUUCCUCGAUGUCAAGGGUAACUGGCGUUACAUUUUGGGAUCCUCCCUGGUCUUUUCCACUAUUCUCCUGGUGGGUAUGAUGUUCCUGCCCGAGAGUCCUCGUUACCUCAUGCACAAGGGACGGACUGUGGAAGCCUAUGGGGUCUGGAAGCGGAUCCGUGGCUUCGACUCCUAUGAGGCCAAGGAGGAGUUCCUCGGCAUGCGCCAGGCUGUCGCCGCCGAGCGUGAGGAACAGGCCAACACCAAGAAGUAUGCUUGGAUGGACUUCAUCACCGUUCCCCGGGCUCGUCGUGCCCUGGUGUAUGCCAAUAUCAUGAUCUUCCUGGGUCAGUUCACGGGUGUGAACGCGAUUAUGUACUACAUGUCGACUUUGAUGGAGAACAUCGGAUUCAGCGAGCGUAACAGUGUCUUUAUGUCAUUGGUUGGCGGUGGAUCCCUCCUGGUGGGCACCAUCCCCGCGGUGCUGUACAUGGAGCGGUUCGGACGGCGUUACUGGGCCAACGCCAUGUUGCCGGGUUUCUUCAUCGGUUUAGUGCUGGUCGGCGUCGGGUACCAGAUCAACUACGAGACCCACCCGGCCGCCGCACAGGGCGUCUACCUGACCGGCAUCAUCCUCUACCAAGCCUUCUUCGGCUCCUACGCGUGCCUGACGUGGGUGGUCCCGUCCGAGGUCUUCCCGACGUACCUGCGUAGUUACGGCAUGACCACCGCGGAUGCCAACCUCUUCCUCUGCUCCUUCAUCGUCACGUACAACUUCACGCGCAUGAUGAAGGCCAUGACCCGAAUUGGCCUGACCCUCGGGUUCUAUGGUGGUAUCGCCUUCCUGGGCUGGUUCUACCAGAUUAUCUUCAUGCCGGAGACCAAGAACAAGUCGCUGGAGGAGAUCGACGAGCUGUUCUCUCGGCCUACGUCGGCCAUUGUCAAGGAGAACCUCAAGAGCACGGGUGAAGUGAUUGACGAUUUGCUUCACUUCCGUCUGAAGAAGGUGUUUUCUCCGGCGCCGAAGACGGACUGA